UAAAUUUUUAUUGUGACUGUGGUUGUGUCAUUCAGCAUAUUGCUAGUGCUGUAGGCACCUUUGGUCGAGUUUUGGAAUGUUGGGAUCGUCAAACAAGAGAUUAUGUAGCUAUCAAGGUAAUUAGAAGCAUCAAGAAAUAUCGCGAUGCAGCAAUGAUCGAGGUUGAUGUGCUUGAACGUCUUACGAAGAGUGAUGUGGGAUGCUCACGCUGUGUACAGAUCUUAAAUUGGUUUGAUUACCGGAAUCACAUAUGCAUUGUUUUUGAGAAGCUUGGACCAAGCUUAUUUGAUUUUCUAAAGAGAAAUAAAUACUGCCCAUUCCCUGUGGAUCUUGUUCGUGAAUUUGGACGACAGCUUUUGGAAUCUGUAGCAUAUAUGCAUGAACUACGCCUAAUCCACACUGACCUUAAGCCUGAAAACAUACUUCUUGUUUCUUCUGACUAUGUAAAACUUCCUAGUUGUAAGAGGGUCUUGUCAGAUGAAACACAAUAUAGGUGCUUGCCCAAGUCUAGUGCUAUUAAGCUGAUUGAUUUUGGAAGUACUGCAUUUGCAAAUCAGAGCCAUAGCUCCAUUGUUUCCACAAGGCAUUACAGAGCCCCUGAGGUUAUCUUAGGGAGGAGCGUUAUUUCAGACACAUGAAAAUUUGGAGCACCUGGCA